AUGUCAAAUAAUAAAGAUAGCAAAAAGAAAAAAGCGAAUGGUUCCAAAGAUUGUAGUAAACUACCAAUGCCUUAUGAAGACUUGCAAAGCUUGCAAGUGGCAUUUUACGAGAUCAACUCUUGGAUUGAAAAGUCAAAGUCACUCUUGAGAAAGACAACUGCCGAAUUAGAAAAGGCAUCACAACACUUGCAAGUCAAGCCAAAGCCAGACCCUACGAUUGCCAUUGAACAACUAUUAGACCAGCAUCCGCUGCUAGACAGCUCUUCCAUCAAUGACAUGAAGUGGGUUUUAUCAUUUCAGCCAGACAAUCUAUUACGAAUCGAUACCAAUAUUACCAGUGUAGAGCAACUGAUUGAAGCAGUGCAUAAAAUUCGCAGAUUGCAACAAGGCAAAGAAUGUAUGAAAGAAGACGUACAAGAGCAAUCGCUCGAACUCUACUCUUCACCUUGCACUCCUUCAACGAGCUCAACAGCUUCAUCAUCCUAUUAUCAGGCAGCAGAAUACUGGUUCAAUGCAUCAUUAAAAAAUCCACAAUUCGCGAUUGAUGACUAUAAACAUUGUUGUAUGAACCUUGAUAACCUCUUGAAGAGCAUGAUCCCAAACCCUUUACAGUGUAUCUUACAAAUCAGCUGGAACUGUUUGCAUCCCAAAUUUGCCUCCGACUGGGAUUCGUUCUGGAACCGAUCGACUGAUCCAAAGCUCAAUCGGCUCUGUACGGAUUCUGCUCUCUCGAGAGUGUUCUUGCAUAUCAUGCGCCAUAACCGAGCGCUAUGCCCUAAUGCGCCAGAUCUGGCUGGGUAUUAUUAUGAUCGAGCCAGAGAAGAACUGAUGGAGUAUUUCGACGCUCCGGCGAGUUGUGCUCUUGUCGAGGCCAUCAUCAAUUUAUCCAUGAGUUGUUUGGUCUGUAAGCGCUACUCAAAGACACAGAUCUAUCUCGAUUUGGGAUACCGCAAGUGGCUCGAACUGGGCGCUAGUCGAUCUCAGUAUAGAAUAGACAUCAUGAUGAGAAAGCGAUACUUGAAGCUCGGCCUGGCUUUACAAUAUAACGAUUGCCUCAAUAGCUACUACUCGGGCGAACCUUGCAUUAUUGACGACAGCGACCAUAACGUAGACUAUAAUGAAAUUAUUGUACUGAACGACAAAAUAAUAAAGGGGAUAAAGUGUAAACAGGAUAUCAUGCGUUUUGAGCAAACUAGGAUCAGAGAAGCAUUUUAUGUUCACCACGUAGAGUUGAUAAAGAUUGGUAAACAGACAACAAAACUGGCACUAUGUGGUUCAUCAGAAAAGGUCUUGCUGGCAAGAGAAAGACUCUUGAUAGACUGGCAUGAGCGACUGCCCGAUAACUUUGUCAAUCACGUCGAAAGGCCAUCGUCAGCCUAUGCGUCUAUCGAGAGACAGGCUUCUUUACUGUUAAAAAUGGAAUAUGAGCGUCAAUGGAUCAUUAUACACAAGCAUAUCUUCAAGAACAUUAAUGUAAAUGAUGACGCCCAUUGUCAGCGAGCAAAGUCAAAGAUACAGUGCAUAAAAUCUGCAGUGGCUAUCGUCGAAUCAGCAGAGCUAUAUAACGAACAGUUUGAGUGGUGUGUCUUUCAGUUCUUCUUGACAUGCAUCUAUCAGGCCUCCACCGUGUUCUGUAUGAUUGCGCUCGAAAAGACUGGAGAACAGGCGCAAUGUAAGUCGAUGAUUCUGAGAGUCAUGCGGAUCUUGGGGGUCGCAAGUCGCAAAUACGAAGGAAUGCCAGAUGGGAUGGCGCAGUAUCUUUGUGAAUUCUUAAAGAAUCAAAACUUGCAUGAUGAUCUUGAGUGUGCAUGCAACACUUAUUUAAAGCUCAAGCCUAAUCCUAUUCAAGAAGAAAAAGAAGAACAAAAAGAACAAGAACAAGCACAGGUGCAAUCACUACUACAGCAAGACUUGCUACCAGAUCUACAAACAAACUUGGCGAAUGAUGAAGAAUUGAGGGCGCUUGGUUUUGAUAGCGAACUGAAAGAACUAAAGCAAAUGCUUUCGACAGACAAUUGAUAUUUUUCCUGCAUUAUAUAAUAUACAUCAUUUCAUC